AUGCCCCAGUUCGGCUCAUCUCCCGUCCAAAACGAGCCGUUACUCGGAAACGCCCAAGGCCCUGGCAUGUCCCAGCGCCUAUCAGAAUCAUCCCUCGCGUCUUACGACACACACCACACCAUGUCCAACCCCAACGGCCGAAUGGCCAACUCCUCCUCCACUCACUCCUUUUCCUCUGCAACUCCCCUCGGACCAGGCAACCAGCGCUUCGGGCCUACCGCGACCAUGCACCCUUCGACGCCCGGAAAAGAGGGACGCGCCAUCCCUGGGGGACUGGCCGCGGGCGCGGGCGGCGGCGGAGCCGCGGCCAUGAUGGAUGAUGAUGACCUUGACGACGCCCUGCAUACCUUCACCGCAAAGGACAAGAAGGAUCUCAGCUCGCCAUUUGAUAUCACUAGCGCGAGAGGAUGGGCGAACGCGCUCAUGCUGGCGACAUUGGCGGCGGCCAUUAUCACGCUUUUCGGCGCGUAUCCCAUCAUUUCAGCUUUCCAAAAUGGGCAGCUAGGGUUUGGGAGCAAUACCCCUGGGUACAAUUUGGGAGGAAUCAACUCGACUGGUCAAUACCCCGAAAUAGGCGUACCACGUCUACUAGACCCCGAAACACCGCAGAGCGCGUACACCAAGGUCGGAUAUGACAAUGAGAACUGGAACCUCGUGUACUCGGACGAGUUCAACACGCCCGGCCGGACAUUCUAUCCUGGUGACGACCCAUUCUGGGAGGCGAUGGAUAUCCACUACUGGCCUACGGGUGAUUUCGAAUGGCUGGACCCUUCGGCAGUAACCACCAAAGACGGCCACCUCGUCAUCACCAUGACCCAAGAGCCCAUCAACGACCUCAACUUCAAAUCCGGCAUGAUUCAAUCCUGGAACAAGCUGUGCUUCAACCGGAACGCGCACUGGGAGGUGUCGGUCUCCUUACCUGGAACGUCGGGUAUUGGUGGUUUCUGGCCGGCGUUCUGGACGAUGGGGAAUUUGGGACGGGCUGGAUACGGUGGAACAACCGAUGGUCUUUGGCCAUACUCGUAUGACACGUGCGAUAUCGGAACCCUCCCCAACCAAACCUACCCCAACAUGACCGGUCCCGUCGCUACGCUCACUACCGGUGACAACCAAGGACCACUCUCUUUCCUUCCCGGUCAGCGGUACUCUGCCUGCACGUGUCCCGGCGAAGACCACCCCGGACCAAGCAACAAUGUCGGUCGUGCCGCACCGGAAAUCGACCUGAUCGAGGCGCAGAUCAUCAUUGACCUCGCGGUCGGGGAGGUGUCGCAAUCCAACCAGAUUGCCCCGUACGAUGCCUUCUACCAAUACAACAACGCCUCCAUCUACUGCGACAUCGCCGACCUCGGAAUCUCCAAGUUCAACUCCUACAAGGGCGGAAUAUACCAAGAGGCCGUCUCGGUCCUCACCCAGGUCCCGUCCCGGAUUUAUCGGGAUCAGGUGGUCGGCGGGCGGCGGGGCGAAUUUGCCUCGUUUGAGCUCGAGUGGUAUGCCGAUUUCAAGAAUCGGAAGAAUGGGCAUAUAACUUGGGCGGUCGACGGGAAGCGCGCGUGGACCAUGUAUCCAGGAGCGAUCGCGGCGAAUCCGUUGACGGAGAUUGGGGAUCGGAUCAUUGCCGAGGAGCCCAUGUACAUGAUCUUCAACUACCACAUGUCAAACAAUUUCCAAGCCGUCAACUUUGCUCAAUUGACUUGGCCAAACGAGUACCGUGUCGACUAUAUCAGGGUGUACCAGCGUGGUGACGGUACAAUAGGAUGCGACCCCUCAGACCGCCCCACCAAGGACUUUAUCAACCGCCAUCUCGACAUCUACAACAACGCCAACAUCUCCCAGUUCUCGCAGACGGGGCUGGUAUGGCCUAAGAACAGGCUGGUGGAUACGUGCUAG